AGGCUGGAAUCCAAUCAAGUCAUUAGGAGUGGGCGGAGUCUGAGGCAAAAUGGCAUAUCUUUCAUUUGAUUGAAAGAGAAAAGCAGUGGCGCUCCUCGAAUCAGCCUGGUGAUGGGGUUACAGGGUCUGGUUUUGUUUGGUUUUCUCUUGUCAGGUGUGAAUGUUUGCGUGGCUUUGCAAAGCCUCGACAUCAACGACACUCAAGUCCCAAACGUAAGCGUGCAGACAGGCACAGGGCCGCCCACGUUGCCGCAGACAACAGGUCAUCCGUUGAAAAGGAUGGCAAAGGGCGACCCGGAAGGCCGCCGGCUCUGGGUCCACCAGCUGAGGAGGCCUGUUGUGGAGGAGGAGCACGCGCAGAGUCCAGAGGCCACUGAGGUUCUGCAGACGGCGCUCCAAAAUGGCAUGUCCAACACCAUAAUACUAGGCCCAGAGCUCAACCCGCCCAUUGAGUCCCAUCCAAAGCUGGUGGUUGAUUCAGAACCGCGGGUGCCUGUGCCAGCUGACAGCGUGGCGGUGCACUGUGGCGAGGGAGAGGUCAUCAUUGAGGUCAAGCAGAACUUCUUGGGAAACGGUCAGCUGAUCCGUCCAAGUGACAUGACCUUAGGAGGCUGCGGCCUGCUGCACGUGGCGGACCACACGCUGCUCUUCCGGACAGAGCUGCAGGAAUGUGGCAGCACAAUGAAGAUGACAGAUGAGGCCCUCAUCUACACCUUCUCACUCGUCUACUCUCCAGCGCCCGUUGGCAGCACCUUCAUUUUUAAGACCAACCCCGCCGAGGUGCUAAUUGAAUGCCACUAUCCAAGGAGGCACUAUGUGAGCAGUGACGCCAUGGUACCUCAUUGGCAGCCGUUUGCCUCCAGCCUGUUAACAGAACGGCAGCUACACUUCUCCCUGCGGCUCAUGACAGAGGACUGGCAGUCGCCCACACCCACCAGCGUUUACUUGCAGGGUGACAUCAUGCACAUUGAGGCCUCCGUCCUCCAGGGCCACCACGUUCCACUGAGGGUCUUCGUGGACAGCUGUGUGGCCACCUUGGACCCCGACCCCAGUUCUCAACCGAGCUACACCGUUAUCGACAAUCACGGGUGUCUGACAGACUCUAAGCUGACGGGAGCCAAGUCCUACUUCAUGCAGAGAAGCCACGAGGAUAAACUCUCUUUCCAGCUGGAAGCCUUCAAGUUCCUCGGAGAUCACAGGAAUUCGAUCUACAUCACAUGCCAACUGAAGGCCACCACUCUCGCUACUCCUGUCGACUUGCAGCACAAAGCCUGUUCAUUCUUAACCGAAGCUAAAAGAUGGGUGGUGUCGGGUGGAGACAACAACGUGUGUAGUUGCUGUGACAGCGGCUGCAGCGAGCAGAGGCGGAAAAGGGGCGUUGCAGAAGAUGCUGGUGUUGUGCAGUGGAAGGGGACAGCUGCCGUGGGCCCCAUUCAAGUGGAAGAGAACACUCUAAGACGAGUGUCACCGCCAGAGUCCAACUCCUCACUUCAGGCUGGAGAAGCGGCACACGCAGCUACCUCCUCCCCAUCUUUAGUCAUGCUGUGCGUAGCGGGCACAGCACUGGCUGUGGUGCUGCUCGCCGUCAUGGGUGCUGCCGUUUGCAGCAGAGUGCGCAAACCCACAAGAAAGGUUUGCACCUGACUGAGGACAAUAAAAAUAUUUACGCUCACGA